AUGAGAGGAGCUCAUCGUAGAAUAAAGAGGGCUUCUUCCCUCUCUUGCGGUAGCUUAGACUCCGAGUACUUUUCUUCAGAUGGCACUGAAUUUUCAGAUUUCAGCCCAAGAAUAUCACAAAGGGAACGUUAUUCCCCAUUAGUAGACACUGUUGAAGAUCUCGAGACUCAAAAUUCAUCAGAAACAAAUGAAUUAGAAGCAAAUGAAGUGAGACAGAUACGAGCAAAGAAUGGUGAGCUUGAAAAAGCACUGUCAGAGUUACAUGCGAAACUCAAGAACAAUGAGGAACGUGCAAUGUCCAAAACUGCAGAUUUGAUGGCACUAAUUGAAGAAAAAGUGAAGCGUUAUAGAAAUGAAGCAUCGAAGCAAAAGAAGGAAUUUACUGAUAAAAUUAAUGUCAUGCAGCAAAACCUUGAGUCUGCAUGCAACAAGAAUACCAACUUAGAAUCUCAACUAGAAAAUCAGAGGGAAAAGUUUCACAAUAUUUGA